GUAUUUAAUGCUUGUAAUGGAAUGCGAGCCCUUUGCAACAACAACAAAUGAGUUUUGUUUGGGAAGCUCAUCUUCUUCCUCAUCCUCUUCAACUUUUGCUUUCCUGCUUUUGAGGCAGACUUUGGUUUCAACAGAACAGAAGCAGCUUCUUGUUAUUGUGAUAACACCACUACAGUCACUCCAACACAAGUGAGGUUUGGUUUUGGUCAUAUAACUGAUAAACAACAAUUGACAUCAUGAAGGUUUCUGGCUUUUGUGUCAUAUUUUUGGCUGCUUUCAUUCUCCUUAACUUCUUAAGUCCCACUCUUGUCUCCUGGUUUCCUGAUUUUGUUGCUACCACCACCAGCUCAGGUGAUAAAACAACACUGAUUGCAGUAAGGAGGAAACUGAAGGAAAAUGGAAAUGGUAUUAGAAGCAACAACAAGGAUGAUACUGGUCACAUGACUCUGGAUGAUUACCAUCCAAUUCAUCCACCACCAGGUUCAGAUCCAGAUGAGAUUUUGCGUCCACGUCCUGUUGAGCAUGGAAGUCCUCUUAAUCCAUAUAUGCCAAAACCUCCUCCUCCUCCUAGUAAUCCAGAGUAACUCUCAUGCUCAAAAUAUAGCUAGAAAUGCUACUAACAUGAAAUCUUUUGCUCUGUAAUCCCUUUUUUCUCAUAUGGGAAAAACAAUACCAAAUAUAAAUUUGUCUUUUGGCAUCCUAUAAAGUGGAGAAUGUGCUAAUAGAAUUUGCUCCAUCAUAGUAACUAUGUCAAGCAAUGGUUCCUUCUUUGGAAUUCAAUCAUUAGUUCAAUCUGAAUUGACUAAUUUUUAUGUUGAUCUGAGAUCUAUGCAACUAUGCAAUUAUUCAUGUUAAGAACUAAGUUGAGAUUGUAAAUCUUCAAUGCAAUCAAACUGUGAGCUGCUCCAAUUUGAGGAAUAUCUCAUGAAAUAAAAAACUACAAUUUAUUUUUGCAA